GCAUUCCCAGCACCAUCAGCACCAGAGCAACACAUUACAUCGCGAUGCUUCGGUCUGUUCUUACGUUUAUUAUCGUUUGGUGGGGAUGUGGUUAUGGACAUCGUUAGAUUCUCGUCAUAUAUACCGAUUAAUGAUUUCGCUACCGUGCCAUACGCAGAGGCUGAGCCCUGGAUCUUAUUCAGAUGAUAAAAGAGUCAAUAUCUGUCGUUUAUAAGCAAGGCCUUAUCAGAGAGCGGAGCAUCCUUUAUAUGACGAUUGAUCGGCGGUUGUAUUACACGUUCAGUAUUGGGAUUUCGGUGGUUUCAUGCGUAUAAAGGUGUAACAGUGUUCAGUGGGAUGCACAUCAGUGCUUUGCCGUAUUCUCUCUCUGUUAUAAUGGCUGCUCUAUAUCAGGGCACGGACGCGUCCUCUCCGGAUAAAUAUCUGGCGUUAAAGGACGUCAGAGAGGUGAAGGAGGAGACUACUUUAGAUGAGAAGCUCUUUCUGCUGGCCUGCGAGAAGGGUGACUACUAUAUGGUGAAGAAACUUCUCGAGGAGAAGCGACAUGGCGAAUUCAACAUCAACUGUGUAGAUGUGCUGGGUAGAGAUGCUGUCACCAUUUCGAUUGAAAAUGAGAAUCUAGACAUUCUUCAGUUGCUAUUAGAUCAUGGCUGCCAGGCAACAGACGCAUUAUUAGUGGCUAUUGAUUCAGAAGUUGUAGGAGCUGUUGAUAUCCUGCUCAACCAUCGGCCCAGGCGUUCCUCUAAGCCUUCUAUUGCGAAAUUAAUGCAGCGCAUCCAAAACCCUGAGUACUCGACCACUAUGGAUGUCGCUCCAGUCAUUCUCGCUGCCCACAGGAACAAUUAUGAGAUUCUGACCAUGCUGUUAAAGCAAGACAUCUCGCUUCCCCGACCUCACGCUGUAGGCUGCGAGUGCACCCUCUGUAAUGCCAAGAACAAAAAGGACAGCCUCCGCCACUCAAGGUUUCGUCUAGAUAUCUACCGAUGCCUUGCCAGCCCAUCCUUGAUCAUGCUUACAGAAGAAGACCCCAUACUCCGAGCAUUUGAGCUCAGCGCUGACCUGAGAGAGCUUAGCCUGGUGGAAGUGGAGUUUCGAAAUGAUUAUGAAGAACUUGCCAAGCAGUGCAAGAUGUUUGCCAAGGACCUGCUGGCUCAGGCCCGAAACUCUCGUGAACUGGAGGUCAUACUGAACCACACAUCCAGCGAAGACCACAUAAACAAGAGAGGCCUGAUGGAGGAGCGCAUGAACCUCAGUCGACUCAAACUGGCCAUCAAAUACAACCAGAAGGAGUUCGUGGCCCAGUCCAACUGCCAGCAGUUCCUGAACACAGUGUGGUUCGGAGAGAUGGCAAGCUACCGCCGUAAGCACACGUGCUUAAAGAUCCUGUCUGUUUUGACAGUGGCUCUACUGUGGCCGCUGCUGUCCGUCUGUUACCUGUUUGGACCUCGAUCCCGCGUGGGUCAGGUCAUCCACACACCCUUCGUGAAGUUCAUCAUUCACAGCGCCUCUUACUUCACCUUUCUCCUGCUCCUAAACCUGUACUCACUGGUCUACAAUGAGGACAAGAAGAAUACCAUGGGUCCUGCUUUAGAACUGAUUGACUACCUUCUUAUCCUCUGGAUUUUCGGAAUGGUGUGGUCGGAUGUGAAGCGCCUGUGGUAUGAAGGCUUAGAGGAUUUCCUUGAGGAGUCCCGGAACCAGCUGAGUUUCAUCAUGAACUCACUUUAUUUGGCCACAUUUGUCUUAAAAGUGGUGGCUCACAGCAAGUUUAAGAAUGAAGAGACUGAAAGAAAAAACUGGGACGCUUUUCAUCCCAUCCUGGUCGCAGAGGGUCUCUUUGCUUUUGCCAAUGUUCUGAGUUAUCUACGUCUCUUCUUCAUGUACACCACCAGCUCCAUCUUGGGGCCCUUACAGAUCUCCAUGGGUCAGAUGCUUCAAGAGUUUGGCAAGUUUCUUGGCUUGUUCCUGCUGGUGCUCAUCUCUUUCACCAUCGGCCUGACACAGCUCUAUGGAAAGGACCAGAAGGAUCCAGCCAGAAGCAGAGACGAAAGCAAAGACUGCGAAGGCAUCUUCUGUCAGCGGCAGAGCAACGACACGUUUCACACGUUUAUGGGAACAUGUUAUGCGCUGUUUUGGUACAUUUUCUCUCUGGCACAUGUGGCUUUGUUCGUCACGAGGAUCAGCAACACAGAGGAGCUGCGUUCAUUCGUUGGCGCUCUUAUCGUCGGCACAUACAACAUUGUUGUAGUCAUCGUUCUUACCAAACUCCUAGUGGCUAUGUUGCACAAGAGCUUCAGACAAAUCGCCAACCACGAAGACAAGGAGUGGAAGUUUGCCCGUGCCAAGCUGUGGCUCAGCUACUUCGAUGACAAGUGCACCCUGCCUCCACCGUUCAACAUUCUCCCCUCGCCGAAGACUGUGUGUUAUCUGGUGAUCAGCUUAAGCAAAUGGAUCUGCUCCCACACCUCCACAGGCAGAGUCAAGAGACAGAACAGCCUCAAGGAAUGGAAGAACCUCAAACAGAAGAGAGAUGAGAACUAUCAGAAGAUCAUGUGCUGUCUGGUGCACCGCUACCUGACGUCCACACGGCAGAAGAUGCAGAGCACCGAUCAGGCCACGGUGGAGAACCUCAACGAUCUGCGUCAAGACCUGUCCAAGUUUCGCAACGAAAUGAGAGACCUUCUGGGCUUCCGCACCUCUAAAUACGGCAUGUUCUACCCCAGAAGCUAAGCCACUUUAGUAAAUGCUCAGCAUGCUCGGCAAAUGUCUUCUUGUGUUUCUUUGGAAGAUGUAAGAGGAGAAAAGCCCUGGGACUCUACUGGAUUGUAUUACACCCUGUAUAUUAUUCGCCAACGCCUCCAGAACCAUAAAAGUCAUGUAAUAUUCUUGCAUCCUACAUGUUUUCUAAAAAGUGUUCUAUAAAUCUUUUCCAAUAAACAACAUUUAUUAUG